GCAAGUGGUGGUGGUGGUGGUGGUGGUGACAAUGGUGGUGGUGUCGGUGGAGGCGGCCGAGCGCGUCACCAUCCCGGGACACACUCAAGACACUCUUCUGUCCCUCAGAUGGCUGCUGGGGAGGCACUACUACCCCGUGCGAGCAGCCGCGCCCCAAGACCUCGCCGCCGGCCUCUGCCUCGCCCACUCGGCCCUCACCCUCGCCUCCUCGCAGCCCUGGAGUCGCACCAUGUGGGACGCCAGCGGCAAGGUGGCUGACGGUGUGGCUGCAGGUGCUACGGAGGCUCGCGGGCACCCUGAACUAUGUGAGGGAGUCACCACGCACUUCCCCGGCGCCCUCACCUCCCACCUGAAGCACAGCAGCCUCCAUCUGGCCCUGCACAACCUGAGCCUGGCGGCCUUCCCCCCUGAGGUACUCCAACAGCAGGACACGACGCUGCGGGGACGGUACUGCCUCGUCUCCGUUCGGGACGAGGGAGCGAGGGAGGACCAAGGAGGUACUUCAGGCUCCUGGCAGCUGCUCAGGUCACUGGCGGGGGAGUUCGAGCACACCUAUGCUACCUGCGUGCCCCACACCUGCACCGAGAGCUUCCUCCAGGAGUCCUUGGCGCGGCAGCAGCAGGGCCCCGCCGCCGCCUCCCUCAGCGUCACCUGCCAGCGCCAUGACCACGACCCGGCCAGCGGCAACUCCUCCUUCUUGCUGGUGACGGCGGUGCUGGUGCUGCUGGUGACGGCGGCGACGAUGGUGGAGCUUCAGCGGCCUUGCUCUAGGACCCCCGCCGGCUGCCCUUGCCUCCCGGGCUCGCAGCUGCUCCACUGCUUCUCGCUGACGCAGAACUGGACGCGCCUGAUGAGUUACAGCGCCGCGGAGACACACCUGCAGACGCUCGACGGGAUCAGGGUGACCAGUAUGGCGUGGGUGAUCCUGGCGCACCGCUACAUGCUCUUCCUCAUCACGGCCGCCAACCCACGCGACAUUCUCAGGCACAUGGACGACUGGCGGUACUGGGUGGUGUUCAACGCUUACCCCUCCGUGGACACGUUCCUCUUCGUCAGCGGCUUCCUCGUGGCCGUCUUCCUCAAGAAACGCCUCGGGGAGUUCACCUUCGCCGGCUACUGCCUCCAGCGGUACCUAAGGUUGGUGCCGGCCAUGGGCUACGUGAUGUGGGCUUGUACGAGCUUGCUGCCGCUCUUGGGUUCGGGCCCCGUGUGGGAGAGGACAUACCAGGCGCUCUUCGGCCGCCCGUGCGCCAACACUGCCUGGGCCAACCUGCUCUUCCUCAACAACUUCAACGACCCUAGUGACAUGUGCCUCGGUCACCUGUGGUCGCUGGCGGUGGAGUGGCAACUGUACCUCCUGCCGCCCCUCGUCCUGCUGCCCGUGUACCGCUGGCCCGCCUGGAGGUACCGCUGGUUGCCGCUGGCCGCCGCCCUCACCCUCGCCGUCCUUCUCCCGGCCUUUAUCACCCUCCUCCACGACCUGCCGCCCACCGCCACGCACUGGGACUACGAAGCCACUCGGCUCUACUACAACGCCUACUACGUGGUGCCGUGGUGCCGCGCGGGGCCCUACCUGGUGGGGCUGGCGGCAGGUGUGCUCUAUCACUGGCUGGACGACAACAACCUCAUCCUCACGCAGAGGUGCGUGCGGGCGUGCGGGGGCGUGUGCGGGGCGGCCGUGAUCUUGGUGCUCCUCGGGCCCUCCUGGAUAACCGGGCGAGGGACACUCUGGGCGGCGCUCUACUCCUCCCUGGCUCGUCCGGUCUGGGCCGCCGCGCUCGCCUUCUUCGUCAUCAACGCCUUCAAGGGACAGCCAGGCGUGCUGGCGUGGUUCUUCUCCCGGCCUGUGUUCGCGCCUCUGUGCCGCCUCUCCUACUGCAUGUUCCUGGUGUCGCUGCCCCUCCAGACCCUCGCCGCCGCCAGGCCACACAAGAUCCACUACGACCACCUCACAGCGGCGUACCUGGUGCUCGGGGACCUGUGUCUGAGUGGUGCCGUCAGCGUCGUGGUGCUGCUCCUGGUGGAGGCCCCCGCGGCACGCCUCCUGGCCCUCGUAACAUCAGGGAAGCUGUGGCGGAGAUCUAAAGUGAGCAGCGCAGCGACGGAGUUGAGGCCACGGAAGGAAAAGGAGGACGAGGAGGAGGAGGCGAAGGAAAAGGAGAACAAGCCACCCGCCAGACGACACGCCCUCCUCCUCGCCACCCUGUCCUCCCCGGCCCUCACCCACGCCACCCACAGGAACCUCUGACGCACGCAUCUCCCAGUUCUAUUUAUUUAACUAUUUAUAGACGAACAUUUACUUCAUUAUAUUAUUCAUUGUCUGCGUAGAGAUGGAGUGUUCAUCGUUCAUUUUUCACCCAUGUCUUUAUAAGUUCGUAAAGCCACUUAUUCGCUACCUGCGUGCGUAUGUAACUAUGCAGGUGGUCGACGCAGGAGGCUCGUGACGCUCGCAUGCUGACGUGCUCUCGGCAACCACAAGCAGCAGCCAACCAGGGGCGGUAUUCUCAGACGAUUCCACCUCGCACAUCAACUAUUUUCAAAGGUCAAAAUGGAGGUUAACCGGGCUUUCAUAAGUUAUUUUUCACAUCCAUGGUACAGAAGAAGAGUUAAACAACCACCAGGGCCAUUAAGCUACACCUGAAAAUGCCCGAAACACCUCCGAAAGCCUUGUCAAAUAUGUGUUAUUGAGCGCCGAAAGCUUUGAGAAUACGGGUCCAGGUCAGGGUCGGAGUUGAAGGCCGGGUACUCUCUGCACGGCGGCCCACGCAUAUAGCCACAGGAGAACACACACACACACACUAACACUAACACUCACGUUAUGCACCAUUCAAGUCUACGCUCUCCACUUUGCCAUGUCUGAAUAGCAUUGUUUUACAUAUUGUUCUGCGGUCACAAGAGCGGUACGCAGUAGUGUCUGAUGUAUUUAUAUUUUUAUCGAUGUAUCCAUUAUAUGACUAUCUAUAAUUGCCAAAGAGGGCGACGAAGAUAAUGUAAAUAGUACAGUGUUAAAUGGUUCAUAAUGUGCGUUCGUGCGUGUGUUGACGUGUGACUUCGUAGGCCGCCGUCCAGUAAGUGCCGGUCCUCACCUGCUGUGCACUGACCCGGACGGGCUAGUGACUGUGGACGAUUUCCGAGUGUACGCAUCUUCAUGGAACAGAUCGCCUCGCAUAGCAUGAAGCGUCUAUGCGGUCGGUAACUCUAUAAUUAUGUGACUGUGAUUCUAUAUAACGGCAUUUAGUGAUAUAUAACUGUCUAUGAGGUCUGUAACUCUAUGUGUGGCGCUGUGAGUCUACGAUACCUUGUGUGAAGACGCACGUAUAACUGUGUGACUCGUGUGUCCUGCCGCCACGUCCUGCGGCCUGGCGGGGCUUGAGGCACGCCACUCCCGAGGCUGUGCAAAGGCUGUUGGUCUUAAAGGUGACGUGGUCUGCCUUUGCCUUUUUAUUUGAGAGAGGGAAUGUUUUACUGGCCAGGAAUCCUUACGACGGUCUUUAUUCACCUACUGCGCACGGACACGAAGCCUUGUAUAAAUAACGCUAUUUGAAAUACAUGUAUGCAAGCAGCAGCACUCGUAUUAUUAUUAUUAUUACAAUUGUUAUUAUGAUUAUGAUUAUUAUUAUUAUUAUUAUUAUUAUUAUUAUUAUUAUUAUUAUUAUUAUUAUUAUUAUUAUUAUUAUUAUUAUCAUUAUUAUCAUUAUUAUCAUUACUAUUACUUAGACAACAGUGAGUGGCAGUCAUUAUUCUCUUACAAUAGGAAAGAUACGGAGAAAAUUUACACACACACACACACACACACACACACACACACACACACAGGAGGGGAAAGAGGAGAGUGGGGAAGAGUGAGGGAGGGUGGGGGGGCCAAUGACGCGGGAAGGGAGGGAAGGAGGGAAGAGAGAGGAGGAGGGAGAGAGAGGAGGGGGGAGGCAGGGAGGGAGAUGCCAAGAGAAAAAGGUAGGCAAACACUCCCAUUCUUUUCGUAGUCCAACACUCUCCCCCCCCCCCCCCGCCCCCCAACACCACCACUCGCAACACCACCUCUCUUUCUUCCCUCCCCUCCCGACACAACACCGCCCUCACCACCACCACCACCUCACCUCCCCCACAUCCAACGCAACACCACCACCACGACUCCAUCAAAAACACCACCGCUUGUAACUCCACUACUCUUCCACCACCACCACCACCACCACUGUCUCCCUCUCAUCCAGCAUAUCACCACUCUUUCAUCACCACUUUUUUUCUCACAUUUUCACAGCAUCCUCAGUUCAUAUCAUCUCAUCCAUCUCCACAUCACUACUACUUCAUACCACCUCGAAACACACCUCACUUUCAACUCCACCUCAAGAACAUCACCACCGCAAAUCUCAGCAUCCCUCAACAUCCUACAUCCCCCAUCUCACAUUCCCCCUCUCAUGCCCCAUUUCACAUUCUCCCCCUCACAUCAUAC